UUGGGACAGGAAACAACCCAACACGGAAGUGCAAAGUACGAGGGAAGAAAAGACCUCAAGUCACUAAGUUUCUACAGCUCACGAUGGCGACUCGUGUGUUUUUGUUUCUCUGUCUGCUUGGUCAAAUACUGGCUAAAGAACCUCCUGAUGUGACGUGUCUAGUGAUUAACCUGGAAUCUAUUCGCUGUAUGUGGAACCAGCAGGGGACUCCAGAAGUCAACUACACCUUUUCUAGCAGGGCCCAAAAUCAGGAAGAAACUAUCUGUGGUGAAUACCUGUCUGAGAAUGGAACAAAUAUAGGAUGUAUGCUUCCCUACACCGAACUGCAGAGAUUCAACCCAUUUCACACUAAACUGUCUGACGGCAACAGGGCCUAUGAACAGACUCAUGAUCUUAAAGGAAAAGUGAAAUUAAACCCACCAACCAACCUGACAGUCAAGAAUGGAUCCGACCUGAACCUGUGGUUUUACUGGAACCUGACUGUACCUGGACUACAACAGCAAACAACUUGUGUGGAGAGUCAAGUACGAAUUAGGAAAAACAACAACGACUGGGAGAUUUCAUCAGUUUAUCGUGGCCACCAGAGUUAUUGCCAUAACUUACCCUCCAGCACAGCUAGAUAUGAGCUGCAGGUCCAGAUCAGAUUUGACAAUAGCUGUGGGCAGUCGAAGUUCUGGAGCGACUGGAGCGAGCCUGUGGUCUGGGGAUUCAAUAACAGCACAAUCUCAAAUGUUAAAAAGGACAAAAUGGGAGACUGGACAGCAGUGGUGUCUGUGGUGAGUGGCAUCACCCUCAUUCUUCUGCUUGUGGUCCUUCUGCAAAAUGAACGGAUCAAAAUCAUCCUGAUUCCUCCUCCAAUUCCCAAACCAGCUCUGAACUCUCCUGAUGUCGAGGAUUGGUUUCAUUUCUCUAAAGGCCUUAUUAAAGAAAGGUUUAACACCAACUUCAACGAGCGAGCCUGCACCGUGCGUGAGUACCAGCCGGUCUCCCGGUCCGACAGCAACGGCUCCGACAGCUCUCGCACCACCACCACCACGGAUCAAACCGACUGCUCUAUCUCCAUCGCAGUGAAUGAACCAGAGGACACGUCUGCUCCUUUUUACACCACCCCAAUUGCUUCGGAAGAGGAGCAGCAGGUUUCUGUGUAAAUGUCACCACAGGCAAAUUUAUAUGUCUCAAAGUAAAAAGAAAUUCUUCUUUUUAUUUGUCGACAGAGCUCCAGAAUUACAGGAGUAAUAUGUGUAGGAAGUCUUUUAGAAAAAUGGAUGGAAAUAAGAACAUUGAAAAUAAUUAGAAAUCAAUAAAUCAAAUAGGGAUCAAGAUUCUAAACUCCAUAGUCAGUAUUUUAGGGAUUUGUUAUUCGCCUUCAGUUAUAUUAAGUUUUGUUUUUAUUGUCAAGUUUUUUAAUACUUUUUAUAUUACAUAGAUAAAGUUAGCCAGACCUCAAUGUCAAGAGUGUUUAUUUACUUAUUGCUUAAUUUUCUGUCUUAUAUGCAUUUUUUUCAUGCAGGCUAUAUUAAGGAUCUGAAUUUUAAUCAUUUUCUGUUUUGAAACAAUAACAAUUAUUAAAAUUGAUCUGUAUUCAGGACUGCAGUAGCUUUGUAUAAACAUGUUAUGCAUAUAAGUACUUCUAUAUAUUCUUACCAAGUCACCUCUAUUGAUCUAUGGAAUAUUGUGAAAUAUUCUCUAUUUAGCGGAUUUUCAAACCAUGUAAUUUUUUAGGAGUGCUUAGCUGACCUGUACAUUUUAAAGGUUUUAUAGCAACAGAUAAACAUGUCUGUAACUGAUUAUUCAGCAGUAUUGUUUUGCAUAAGAAAAUGUUUGUAGCUGUUAGAAACUGGCAGGCUUGCAGCCCUCAUACUCUCAUAACAUGCGCUGUCAUUGUUAUUCAGUUGACACUGUAUCGCUAUUACCAGAUUUUAUCCCUGUUUCUGUUUGAAUGUCAUAUUAAUGUAAUCUUUUGGCUUCUGUCUUGGUUUGUAUGUUUAACAUCAAAAUUAAAGUUUGUUUUUUGAUUAUGA